UGUUGUACCGAUGGACACACGCAUUCCUGGGGACUGUUAAUUUCUGUACACGCGCUGUUAAUUGUUUUGCGAUUACCAGUUUUACAUGUCAAAAACUUUACAGCGAGCUGCCACAACCAGCUGAUAUGAAGACACUAGUUGUAGGAGUUGGAGGGAUGACCAAUGGAGGAAAAUCUACUCUUUCUCAGAGUCUACGUCAGCAGAUACCCAACAGCUGCAUCAUUGCACAGGACUCAUACUUUAAGGAUGAUGCUGUGGUGCCAGAGGACAGCAGUGGGUUUAAGCAAUAUGACAUGCUCGAUGCUCUCCACAUGGACACGAUGAUGAGCGACGUUGAGUCGUGGCGAAGAGAUCCCGAGUCGUUCCUGAAGCGGCGAGGCCUGAACCCGGAGCGCACGGCACUGUCCGUCGAUGAGGAGGUGUUUGUGCUGAUUGUGGAAGGCUUCCUCAUUUUCAACUACAGGCCUCUGAAUGAGCUAUUUGACAAACGAUACUUCAUGGAAAUACCUUACGAUGUCUGCAAGAGGAGACGAAGUUCGAGGGUGUACACGCCUCCUGAUCCUCCGGGCUACUUUGACGGACACGUCUGGCCGAUGUACCUGAAAAACCGUCAGGAGAUGGAGAGCAUGGUGUCAGGAAUUGUAUUUCUGGAUGGACUGGAGCCAAAGGAAGAGCUGCUGGCUGCUGUGUGUAAAGAUGUUUGUCAGGAAAUAGACAGGCUCUGGGAGAAAGACUGAAGGGGUCAGAGUUUUAUUUGUUUACCUUUGGAAGAUGGAACCGUUUGCUCCCAUAGAUGCUCCCAUAAGACGAGUUCAUUUUUUGGACUAAUGGGUGACUGGAAGGACCAAACCAAGUGUUUCUUCGGUUUUAUGUGAACAUACUAAUGUCUUUGUAAUAUGCACAUACUUAGUAUUGCUGACAAGACUUUUAAAAAACUGGAUGAGAAAUGUCCAGCUGGAGACUGGACAGAGACUAUAAGACUGUCAGUGAACCUGGUGUCUUUGCCAUUACACUAAUGGACAUAUUAAGAAGUUAGGAUACACUCUGGGAAACCUAAACAUACAGUAUGUUUUUGUGACUUUAUGAGGUUGAUGCUCAAUGUAGAACAUCUAACCACACAUGUACGUAUGACAUAAUGCCUUAACUUGUGAUUUAACAAAUGCAAAGUGCCAUUUUCUAAGGAUCAGUUGAAAGA